AUGGCUUCAAACACAAUCCUCGACGCGGCGACCCCGACUGCAGCUCCCACGUCCCUGCUAUCAAAGUUCAAUGCAAAUUCCAUAUUCGUGGGAUGCGUGACUAUCUAUUUGCUAGGGCUUGUAAUCUACCGGCUGUAUCUGACCCCAUCGGCGAAGUUUCCUGGACCACGACUGGCAGCUUUGUGCUACUGGUACGAAUUCUAUUACGAUGUCUGGCCUCAUGAAGGACAAUACACAUGGAAGAUUCGCCAGCUUCAUGAAGAAUACGGUCCCUUUGUCCGCAUCAACCCCUGCGAAGUCCAUUGCAAUGAUCCGGAUUUCUUCAAUGCCUUAUAUGUAAGCUCGGCGAAGAGGAAGACCGACAAGUGGAUCUGGGCUGUUCGACAGUCUUGGACACGCAAGUCGUCGUUCAAGACUCUCACUCAUGAUCUACACAAGCGGCGGAGGAACCAAAUAGCUCCGUUCUUUUCAAAAUCCUCGAUCAGAAGACUGGAGCCUCUCAUAAUCCAUCAGGUCGACAAGCUCUGCUCCAGGCUCGAAGCGAAAUCGCAGUUGGUCCCAGCAUCCCAGAAAGUGGUGAAUCUGACACACGCUUUCAUGGCGCUUACUGGCGACAUCAUCACCAAAGUUUGCUUCGGACAGCCCACCGGCCUCCUGGACCUCGACGACCUGGCAAGAGACUGGUACGAAGGCCGAGUUAUAGGCAGCCGUUCCAACCACCUGCUCCGGCAAUUUCCGUGGCUCUUUUUCCUGCCACUGGGCUGGGUUUCAGGGGGGAAGUCAAGAGCAGCGGCAAGCCUCCAGUAUGCUCAGCAGAAACAGAGAGAGCUCCAUGAGCUCGUCACGCACCUAGUGGAUGAGCACUCUACCCAGACCGCUGAUGAAAAGACGCCCGACGGCCCCGAGCAGGAGGAUCUGCCCGCCACCGUCUUCGCAUCCAUGCUCAACGCCAACGUGCCGCCCUCCGAGAAAAACGUCUCCCGACUGACCGAGGAAGCCUUCACCUUGACCGGGGCAGGAACCAUGACCACCGCCAACGCCCUCAACUCGAUCGCCUACUACGUCCUCAGCCAGCCCGAGUGCCUCGCCCGCCUCAGGGUGGAGCUGCGCGCGGCCUUUCCGGACCCGUCGGCGAUCCGCUCGUCGGCAGACCUCGAGAGGCUGCCUUACCUGACGGCGGUGGUCACGGAGGGCUUGAGGCUGAGCAAGGGCCCGCCGCACCGGUUCGCGAGGGUCUCACCCGACGAGGACUACUCGUACCGACACGCGGACGGCCACGUCGAGACGAUCCCGCGCGGGGUGCCCGUCGGCAUGUCUUUCAUCGACAUCUUGGAGGACGAGGAGAUCUUCCCGGACCCUCACGCGUUCAAGCCCGAGCGUUGGCUGCCGUCGGCACCCGGCCCGGGACACGCAAGCGCGGCGCCUGAUGGGGGUGAGACGAGUGAUGAUCCGGCGGUGCGCCGCCGCAGAUGGGCGGUUUCUACCGUGUUUGGUGGAGGGUCGCGGAUGUGCAUCGGCCUCCACCUCGCUUGGUCCGAGAUGUACUUGACCAUUGCCACUCUUGUGUCACGAUUCGGCGAUAGGAUGGAGCUACAUAACGUUGACUUCGAGCGGGAUAUCAAGAUCACCAUAGAUGGCUUCGACGCUUAUCCUGGGCGAGGGCAUAAGGGAUUACGAGUGAUGAUGUUGCCAGGAUAG